CGGCGAUCACUGUAUUAAUUAUUUUUUCGUUUCGUUUUCCUUAUCAGCCGAAAUUUUCACUUUUUUCCGGGUUCCGAUCGAUCGGCCUGUUGAAGCGACAAGCGAGCAGCGACUCAAAGUCGGCAAGUCGCAAACGCUAAUAGCCGUCGCCCGCCGACCAACCGACGGCGACUCGACGUCGAGACGAGCGUGCCGCCGGAACAUACCAGAUUACCAGCUCGACUCGCGACCACUACUACCACUACCACUGUCAGCUCCCGCCGCCACGCCAUGUGCUAACGCAGUAACACCACGGUUUGCCGUCGUAAUCGUCGACCGUCGUCACUCGUCGUCGCAACAGCAGCGCAACGUUAUUACUCACCCUGGGCAACAGAAGCAGUGAGCUGCAGAUACCGCAAAGCUGACGAGAAUCGAUCGUGCGCACACCCGGACGACGGCAACCACUACAGCGAAGAACCGUUCGCGCGUACGAGCAGACGACACCACUGGACAAUAAAUAUUUUGUUUACAACCACCUACUUUCAACCUGCUUUUGUCACAUCCUUUUGAUAUUUCAAGCAGUUUUGGAAAAUUUCUUGCAAAGAAAUUUAUAUCAAGUCAUUAACUUAGUUUAAUGUACUAGGUUAUACCUACCCUUUUUCAAGACUUAAUUUUAACGCACACUAAACACAACAUCAAAUAUGUCUUCUUGGCAAGAUUAUGUCGACAAACACCUUAUAGCUUCUAGAUGUGUUACCAAAGCUGCUAUCUCAGGUCAUGAUGGUACUGUAUGGGCAAAUUCCGAUGGAUUUAAUGUUACCAAGGAAGAACUUAGCAGACUAAUUGCUGGUUUUGAAAACCAAAAUGUUCUGGCUGCUUCAGGUGUAACGCUAGCUGGCAGUAGGUUUAUUUAUUUGUCUGGUACUGAUAAAGUCAUUAGAGCAAAGCUGGGUAAAGUAGGUGCACACUGUGUGAAGACCCAACAGGCUGUAGUUGUUUCAUUAUAUGAAGACCCCAUUCAACCACAACAAGCUGCCUCUGUUGUUGAAAAGCUUGGUGAUCAUUUGGUUGCCCAUGGAUACUGAACGUGAAUUGCAAAAAAAAAUUUGAUUAAUGUGGCUUCAAAAAUGGAAGAAAAAAAUUCAAAAUUCAGAAUAUCAAGAACAACUAAAAACUAUGUGUUAUGGCAUUUAAUAUAUUACAUUAAAUUAACCUAAUCUCAAUUACACCCAAUAAAAUAAAUGUUUAUAAUUUUGGGAGAAAUAUAUUAGGUAUAUAUAUAUUAUUUUAUUUUUAUUUUUUAUUUAUUUUUUAAUGGAAUACCAAACAACUAUUUCAUUAUCUUUUAUUAUAUUUUAUUUCUGAUAAGAUUUUGAUCCGCUGCUUGGGAACUAUAGAUUUGUUUAACAUUAUCAUUUUUGUACACAAGUUUCAGAUAUUAUUUCUACCUAAUAAAAAUUAAAAAUUAAUUAUCCUCAUAACUUAAAAACUGUUAUACAAACUUAGUAAUUCUAUUGAAUAUUAUUUGUAUAUUACAAUUUGAUUAUCAGCUAUUGCUAUUAGUCAAAUGUAUGAUAUAAUUAACUAUCAUCAGUUUUUUAAAAAAAAUCCUUGAUUCAUGUUUAUAUUUUUCUACUAUUAUAUACAAAUAUAAAUAAAAAGAAAAUCAUGUUUUCUUUAUUUUUAAUGUUUUUGCUUUAUACUUGUUAUGAUUUGCACUUUUCACUGUUCGAUUUAGAAACAGUACCUAGUUAGAUAUUUAUUCAAAACUCCAUGACGAACGAAAAGAUAGUAUGUACCUAACAAUUAAGUGUUUUGUAAUUUGUUUAAUAUUUAAUUGGCUGUGUGGUAUCUUUAUUUAUGUUUAUUAAUUAUUUUUUAAAAUUUCUAUGAGCAAUAAUAAACGUAUAGCUUUUUAUACCGAUUUACGUUCCCGUGGCUACCAAGUAAAACAAUUAUAAAAGAAAUAUUGUAUUGUAUAAUAUAUUGUCAAAUAUUUUUUUUAUUAUAACCAACCAAUAAACAAAUAUUUAUAGAACAUUUUACACA